AGUCGAAAAAAGAUCCGAGCGAAGCAGAGCAGAAGUUUCCGUUAUCCGCUCUCUUUCACUCACCGUUGGUUUUCUCUCUCUAUAUCUAAAUCACUCAAUUGCUUUCUCUCUCUAAAUUCUUGAGAUAUUCAUCUCAUCAAUUUUAGGGUUUUUGAUCCGAUUUGACUCAGCAACAAUGGUUUCUGACUCAAUCCCUAACGUUUCGAUCCCUGUUGCUUCCUCUAACCCGAAAGAUUUUGCCAAGAAAAAAAGGGCUAAUCGGUCGGCGAAGCUGAAGCAGUGCAAGCUUGAUGUUCGACGCGAGCAGUGGCUUUCACAAGUGAAGAACAAAGGGUUGAAGGCGGAACCAAACACUGGAACAAAGGGUCCAGCGAAGAAUGUUGUGAAUGAGAGGGAACGAUUGAUUGAGAAGUUGCAGAUAAAGCCAAGAGGUGAAGAGGACCAUGAAGGAUCCUUAAACCACUAUUGUGAUUUUGAUUCACCUACAAGCCACACCAGUAGUGUUUUGGGAGGAAAUGAUUCUGGGACUAAUUUCACAGGGAGCAGUAGCGGCAGUAGUAGCAGCAGUAGCAGUGGUGGAUGUUGUUCAGGGAGUGUGAGUGAGGAAGAUAAAGAAGCAGACGAUGACUGUUUGGAUGAUUGGGAGGCUGUUGCUGAUGCUCUGGCGGCUACAGAUAAAAAACAGGAGCAGCAAAAUACCAGCUUGGAUUCACAUUUUGAGAGAGAUGAGAAUAUGACACAUAUGAGUUCUAGGAAAGAGGUUUCUGAAAGUCAGGGUUCAGGGAUUGAUAGAUCAAAGCAGGAGUGUAAGGACAGAGGAUUGACACCUAGACCUCCUCUCAGUUGCCGGGCAUGGAGGUCCGAUGAUACAUUCCGUCCGUCGGGUCUGCCAAAUUUGUCGAAGCAGUAUAGUUUCCCAAUGAAUUCUGAGCGGCAUUGUAGGAGGGACUCUGUUUGGGGAUGUAAGACUUUAUCCACGCCCACAUUGUGUCCUAUAUGCUGUGAAGAUUUGGAUUAUACAGACACGAGUUUUCUCCCUUGUUCGUGCGGAUUCAGGCUUUGCCUCUUUUGUCACAAGAAGAUUCUCGAGGAAGAUGGGCGUUGUCCAGGGUGCAGGAAACAGUAUAACCAGGACGCAGUUGAGCGAGAGGCAACCAUUGAUGGAGGCAGACUGACGAUUCGAUUGGCUCGUUCCUGUAGCAUGAUAUCAAGGUCCUAGGAAGAUUCUGUUUCCAUGGAUGUGUAUGUUGGGUCCUUUUCUGUCUCUGCAUGAUAUGUGAGUGUUCUAGUUCUUAGCAGACUGUGAGUCAAGAUUAUCCAUAGCUAUAGAUGUUGGUAUAGUAUGUGAUUUUGGAAGCACAGGGGAAUGUUCUGGUUUCUUUAUGAUUUUUUGCAUUAUAGAUAUGGUGCUGUGCUGAUGUAGAACACUCAUUAUGUGAAUAAAUAAGGUGAUAGUGAAGUUAAAUA